AGCUAGCCUAGCACCUGGGCUCUGCUGAAGGACGAGGUGGUUUUCCUCGCUGCUGUGUUUUUUUUAACGCAUUGUGUAGGAAUUAUGUAGUCGGUGUAACCAGAGUAUGAUUUCAUCAGCUAUGGACAGGGUAAAAGAAAUUACACAGGAAAAUCCCAAAAGAAUGGCUAAUGCACUCUGUAGCAGAGCCAGGCUUGUAACAUAUCUUCCCGGGUUUUGUUCUCUUAUCCGAAGAGUCAGAAGUACACGGGCAUUUUCUACAGCAGGAUCGUCUGGCUCUGAUGAGCCGUAUGUUGCUUCUACACCUCCUGACAUAUUUCCUAGAACAGUAUGGCCUGAUGAGACAAUGGGUCCAUUUGGCCCUCAAGACCAGCGAUUUCAGCUUCCUGGAAACGUUGGGUUUGAUGCCCAUGUGAAUGGUAUGGACUUACAGAAGAAAAUCCAAGUUCAUAAAAACUUGCCUGAUCUUUUGACUGAGCCUGCAUCAAGUGAAAGACAUGAAUUUGUAAUGGCACAAUUUGUGAAUGAAUUUCAGGGAAAUGAAGCUUCCUUGUCUAAGCCGGAAUUGAACAAUAUGGAAACAUACUUUGAAAAUGCUAAAGUAGAAUGUGCCAUUCAGACCUGCCCAGACCUACUGAGAAAAGAUUUUGCAUCAAUGUUUCCUGAGAUCUCCAGCAGUCAUCUGAUGGUACUAACUGUAACACAACGAUCUGUAAAUGAUAUGACUGCUUGGAGUCCAGAGGUAGAGGGUGAGAGGGAGAUGUUGUUGGAAAAGUUUAUUAAUGGUGCCAAGGAAAUUUGCUAUGCACUGAGGACAGAAGGCUAUUGGGCGGACUUUAUUGAUCCAUCUUCAGGUCUUGCAUACUUUGGACCUUACACAAACAAUACCCUCUUUGAGACGGAUGAACGAUAUCGCCAUCUUGGGUUCAGAGUAGAGGACCUUGGGUGUUGUAAAGUAAUUCGUCACAAUGUUUGGGGCACCCAUGUUGUUGUGGGAAGUAUUUUUACCAAUGCACCUUCAGAUAGUCCAAUCAUAAGGAAGUUGGGCGAAAACUAGUUGCUGUAUCAUUCAAUGAAGUCUACUCUUUACUUGAUGAUCAACUUGAUGUACCUCCCUCACUUUGUGAAAAGGCACCUUAUUUAUAAAGAAAAUUCUUCAUUUAUAUAUAAACGCUAUACAAACUACAUUUAUUUAUGGAAAAUACCAACAAAUAAUUUAUGGCCUUUUAAAUUCAUUGGGAAUAACUAAAACGAGGCCAUGGGAACCAAUGAACUUGUGCCAUUCGGCCAUUAAUAAAAGUUUCUAAAUGAUA